UGAUAUAAAUUUUGAGGAGACCACGGAUCUUUUAGUCUCCCUCAUUCAUUUAGUUGUCAUUUAGACAUUUGGGGUAUGCUCGAUGGAGAACAUGGUGUUAAACAUCUUUAUUUUGUUUCUUGCGAUCCAUGCCGUAACAGCUGCAGUGACAUUCGUAAGACAUCGGAGAGAAGCUUUAAAUUUGACAACUGUGCACACCAGGCAUGACGACAUCGCCCACUUCACGUGCACAUCACGUGACCAGACAGCCAGCAUCACUUGGAAAAGGGAAAGAAAAGACUUAUCAAACAGCGAUCUUGGUGUAGCUGUGCUCGAAACGAAAAAUGGCGGGAAUAUGGAAAGCCAUCUAUUUGUCGCUGUGACAGAUGAUGAUUUACGAGGAAAAUACGUUUGUAUAUCAAGCGAUAAACCUGAUGAGGUGCUACGUACAUUUGUUAUUGAAAACGACCCUGCUCGCAAGGGAACACUUAGCCCUGAGCAAUUUUGGGCAAUCAUUUUGUCCAUUACAAUUGCUUUCCUUCUCCUGGUGUUCAUAGUAUUUUUCUUGUGGCGCGGAAACAGGAGAAUUAAGAGAGCUCAGAAAGAAGGCAAAGCACAAAGAUUCAGGAACAACCAUGGAGGUGCAGAGGAAAACCUGGCCGUAGAAGGGGAGCUUGUCGAGUUUAGAGGAUACAGAGUCGAGGCUGAAGCCGAGAGAAAUGAGCAAAUGACACCUGACACUGGAAAUGGAAAUGCCAGAAAUAACUGUGAAGAAGACAAACGCGAGGAAAACACGACUCAGGCUGUGAUUGAGUCUUCGGGGAGAAGCGGAAGAGAAGGCUGUACACAGUUCUGAAAGAGCAUUUGGUGAAAUUUCCACGCAGCCCCAUACUACAUUAUGCAUUCAGUUCUUGGAUAGAGAAAACAAUGACAAAAACAAAACAUCGCCAUUGGGAAAACAGAUUUGUUUUACAAUAGUAUGGGGCUGUGCGGAAAUUUUACCAAGCAUUUAUUUGCUAAAGCAAAUAAACUGUGGAAGGUUUUGAUCUAUGUAUAUUUUUGAAAAUAUGUUUAAAAAUUCAACCUUUGAAUAAUUAACAAUAACAUCUUAGAAGGUAUUUAGGUAUUUCAAAGAAUCCA